CUCUCUCGUCCCACCUUGCUUAGUAAGUUGUUACAUUCCAACAUGGCGGGCGAUUCAGUGUCAACGAGAGGAAAAACAGUGGUUCUUUCAUCCCUUCCUCUGCAAAUCUUGCUGUACCUGAAUGGCUGGUACUUUGCCUUGUUCUGGAUCGGCGAACUGCUUUUGUUCAUCUACAAAGCGACAUUGCUUCCGUAUCCUGGAGCUAAUUUUGCUGCUGAGGCAGUCAUACUGAUCUUCAUGGCAGGCAUUGAGUACGUCCGCUUGUUUCUGGGCAAGAAGGGUAACCUGACGGAGAAGAUCAUCCAUCUGGGCGUCUCCCUGGGCAUCGGUCUAGCCACCUUGUUCUUUGGCCUGUACCUCUUCCUAUGGCAGACCUACGUCCUCCGCAUUGAGCUGAUCCUGGUCGCCAUUGAGAUGGCCUUUCUCUUCUUUGAGGCUAUCUUUGGACUCAUAGCCAUCAUCACAUUCGCCAGGGCAGAGUCAUUUAGAUGAUCAAGAGAUACCCACGUAUAAGUAUGCCAAAGUCUAGUGAGUAUGUUAGCAAUGUUUGAAGCAAUGACUUUUCUGAAAUAACGGCGAAGCAUCGGGGAGCGUCUGCAAUGCAUCCAAAGAUAAAGUAUGUAUUGUUGAUUUUGAUGUCAUUGAUUCAGCCCACUCCAGUGUGAACCUUAAUGCAGCAUCCUGCAAUGAAGCAACUACAUGUAUAACAGUUCCUGAACAAUGCUGAUAACUUCAAAGCUGGGAGACUCUUGGGAAGUUCUGAAAUGUCAUAUCAUCAUACAAAGCAGUGACGGUAUUCAAGAUACAAGCGCUACAUUGUUUUAUUGUGUUCGUUGCAGUUGGGGUGAACAAAAUGUGAAGUGUUGCAGAAUUACAGAAGCUUUGUUUGGAAAGGUGUGUUGUAGAAGUAGCUAAAGAUCAAGCUUGGGUUGAUGAUGUCAAAGUAAUAACAGAGAGGUGUUUUGUUUUUAAUUGUAAAUACAUGUACAAUUGCUACAUACAGAUGUAGUAUUUAUUUUAUAAAGGAGGAAAUACGUGACAUACCAAGACCAAAUCCGUCCAUGGUAGUACAUUUUUUUUUCAAACUUAAAACAUGUACAUGUACUUACCAAUAUGUGAUCUUAGUGAUUAAUCAUCAAUGUAUCCUUUUUGUAAGUUUGGAAAUAAAUAUGUUGCAGUAAUACUGACCAUGCGAAAUUACAGUGUACAAAUAUUUAAAGCCAUGUGAUAAACAGUGUUCAGAGUUGUACAAUUUAAUAUAAACAUGUAUCAUAUGUAAUUAUUGUACAUAUAAGACGAUGAAUCAAAUUUCAAUAAAUUCGCUUCACAACUUGGA